AUGGACGAUUCCUACCGCUCCGACCGUUCUUCCUUUAGCUCUGCGGUCAACCAGAAUGCCAGCAACAACAGUCCGAACUCCGAAUGGAUGUGGAGGGCCGGAGUGAACGCUGCAACUGCACCCCCGAAUCAAGCCCUCCCUGGCUACCAGCCCUACCUGUACGGGCAAUAUCCCGACCUCAAUGCUUCGCUUCCUCCACCGCAGCCGGACGGCAUGCCCGCGCCGAAAAUCGCCAUUCCACGAGCCACCGCAGUGAGGACGACCUCCCGGCGACGUCGGUCAGCACGAGCUUGCGAGCCAUGUAGGCAGCGGAAGGUGAAAUGCGACGCCGGGCGGCCGGCGUGUCGGAAGUGCCGUGAGAACGGACUGGACUGUGCGUACAUCGAUAUCAAGCGAAUUCGGGACCAGAAGCAGCUGGGGGUAUUGUCAAAGAAGGUUGAGCGAUACGAGAAACUUUUGAAACAAUUGGAGGCGGAACUGGACCCGCAUUUUGCAAAGCGGAUCAGGAAGGCUUUAUCGGUUGUCGAACAGCCGCCGUCCGAUGAUGGGGAAGAAGCCGAUGAUAGCGACGCCGACUCGAACACAUCGCAAGGAUCACUGGAUGAGAUCGACCUGGUCAAGGAGGACCUGAAUCGCAGCGACAAGACGGUGGCAGUUGGGUUUUUUGGGAAGAACUCCGAGGUCGCGUGGAUGCAGAAGCUCGAGGACGUAUCGGGCCACGGAGCGCACCCCGAGCCGGACGGGGAUAAUGCUACUAGCAGAGAUAUCCCGAUCAAUUCGAUGAGUUACCAUUUGGACGACCUUGCCAUUCCGUUUACCGACUCGGUUGAUCAGUACGCCGUCCCAGAGAAAGAGCUAGCGGACCUGUAUUUCAACGCAUACAUGGAGUCGGUGCAUCCGUCGUUUACGGUGGUCCGGAAGCACACGUUUACUUCGCAGUACGAACAGUUCUACAAGAAGAGGCAGUUCCCACCGCGCAAGUGGCUGGCUGUUCUGAACAUGAUCUUCGCGCUGGGCUGUCGGUACUGUAAGCUGACGGGCCAGGUCAUGGCGGGCGAGAGGGAUACGGAUGACAUGGUGUUUUUGAACCGGGCAAGAAAGUUGUGUCUGAGUGGGAAUGUGCUGUUUCAGCAUGACGAUCUCCAGCAGAUCCAGGUGAUGUUGCUGGUUUCGGUUUAUCUUAUUGCGUUGGGCCAGGUCAACGGUGCAUCGAAAUUCUCAAGCAUGGCCCUCCGCUCCGCCAUCUCCCUGGGCAUCAACCUCCGGUUUAAAGACGAGAAGACCCCGGCGUCGUCAAAAGAAGCUCGCACCCGCCUAUGGUGGUCCAUUUUCCUCCUCGAACACUUCGUAACUUCUAUUACCGGCCGUAUUUCCGGGUGCAGCGAAGGACUCAGCGCCGCCCUCCUCCCAGUCCCAUUCAAUGAAGAAGACGCAGACCAUAAGCCAGGUCUUAGCGAAAUAUUCCGCGAUAGCAACCAGCGAUGCAUCCGGCUACAGCUGACGCUCUUCCAAAACCAGGACCAAGCCGAGUCUGCCUCAGCCUGGCUAUCAAAGUGCGAGCCAUCCCCUGCGCUGUUAUUCCACAUGAUCAUCGACCUCAACAUCAUCGCGCAAGCCGUCAUCAACAGCGUCUACAGCAUCCGAGGGCUUCGACAGUCUCCAAGCCAGCUCGAACAGCGCCUGGAUAAACAUUCCCGAAGCAUGGACAUCUGGCUCCACAAAGUCCCGAUUCCUUAUCGCUUCAGCGUCUCCGUGGACGACGAUACCUUCAAGCUCCCCAAAGGAGCUACCGGAAACGAAACAGAUUACACCCGCGAGCGCAUAAUCCUAGCCAUCUACUACUACUCCGCCCGUAUCACCCUGUGUCGCCCCUGCCUCUCCCACAGCCCAAGCUCCCUGCAGAGAGCCGCGGAGCCGCAUUCCCGCGGCGGUUUCCGCGCCCUCAUGACGCUCAAGUGCCUCCGCGCUUCAACAUCCCUCCUCUCCAUUCUCCCCGAAAUACCCGACACCGCCUGGCUCACCACCGUAACACCCUGGUGGGCAAUCCUGCAUUUCCUAAUGCAGGCCACAACGGCCCUCCUAAUCGGCCUCUCGACGCGUCCAGUCGAAGACGCAGUGACAGCAGACACGGGCGCAAACUCCAACAUUCCCGAACUCGACCUGGAUGCCAUGGUCGGCGAGACGAAUAAGGCUCUGCGCUGGCUGCACCAUCUUGGCUUCAGCUCUGUGGCUGCAGCACGGGCGUUCAAGCUCUGCGAGAGCUUUGUGCGGCGCAUUGGACCGAGGCUGGGACUUGACUUGGAGAAUUUACCGUCUAGCGAGGAUUUUGUGAGUGGAGGUGGAGAUGUCGGUAUGCUUGGGACCGAGGAUCUGGGUGACGAUGAUCUGCUAGUUGGGUUGGCGAUGGUUGAUGACGGCUGA